CUACGCAAAAGAAUGCAUGCUCAGCGUCUCGCAGUGGCGCCGCCCCUAAGUAUCUAAGUGUGUACUUGAGUGAGAGUAUGUAUGUCGAGGUAACUUACCGGUUCUGGCAUGUUGAACGAUGCGGUUGGGCACAAUGUUUGUCUGCUUUUCUUUGUUCACCCGUCGAACAGUAUAUAACAGUCUCAACCCCAGACAUCAUCCCAACUUUCUCAAGACCCAGAGUCAAUAUCUAAGCACUACAUCAGCUUUAUCUUCUUCAGCAAACCAUCUCAAAGGUCAAGCCCAUCAAUCCCACCCAUACACAAUGCACGCAGCCCUCGUCAACACCUGGGGCUCACCCCCAACCUACACAACCGUCCCGGACCUCCCAGAAUCAUCCUCAACACAAAUCCGCCUCCGCGUCCUCGCAACAGGCGUCCACCGCCUCGUCCUCUCCCGCGCCUCGGGAAAACACUACACGGCAUCCACUCUUCCGCACCUCCCCGGCGCAGACGGCGUAGGCGAGGACCCGACCACCGGCCAGCGCUACUUCUUCACCGCCCUCGCGACAGGCACCUUUGCGGAAUUCGUCAAUGUCGAGCGAGCCGCGGUUGCACCACUUCCAGAGGGCGCGGACGCGGCUGUCGUCGCUGCGUUUAUGAACCCCGUCAUGAGCAGCUGGAUGGCGCUGUCUGCGCGCGCGGCGCCGCAGGAGAAGGGGUUCACUGUUGCGAUUCUGGGAGUGACGAGUGCGAGUGGACGGGUAGCUGUCGAUAUUGCUCGUGCCAAGGGCGCGGGACGAAUUGUUGGCAUUGCGAGGAACGCUGCUGCUAUGGAGGAGAUUCCGAUUGACGAGCGCAUCGUUCUCAAUGGUGGAGAGACGGACUGGUCGAAGCUGGGUGAGGUGGAUGUUGUGUUGGAUUAUGUCUACGGUGCUCCGGUCGUGGAACUUCUGAAAGCCUUGCCCAAGUCGGAGAAGGAGGUGCAGUAUGUUCACAUUGGCUCCGUGUCUGGCGAUGGGGACAUAAAUCUUCCCGGGGCGAUCUUGCGGGGGAAGAGGGUUGCCCUCCGUGGUGCUGGCCCGGGGAGCUGGCUCAUGAGGGAGUAUGCGAAUGAGCUUGGUGGGAUGGUUGGAGUGACUGCUGGAUUGAAGGGCAAGGAAGUCAAGGUGAUUGCGAUGAAGGAUGUUGAGAAGGGAUGGAGCGAGGCAGGAUUGGGGAAGACGCGCGUUGUUUUUGUAAGCGAUGACCUCACGAAGUCAUCUUGAUCCUUGAUAGUCUAUGAUUAGCGAGAUGGAGGUCAUGAUACCUCAGUUAGAUUGUUCAGUUGAGAUCUCUCAUUAUGAGAGUUAGAGUAUGUCAUACGCAUCACAAAUUCGGACAAUUUUCUUCGCAAUUCUCGUA